AUGAGGCUGUCUAGAAGACACAGGACCUUUCUGCUGGCUUUCACACUGCUCUGCACCCUCUUGGGUCUUGGGUGCCCUCUAAUCUGUGAGGUGUGCAAAGGCUCGGGGCACACUUGCAGCGGGAAAAUGAAGACCUGUGAAGCCGGCAAAGACGCAUGCGUGGUUCUCGUGGGCGAGUCCAGCACAAAGGGCCGGAAGUCAGUGAGCACCUUCAAGGCCUGCAUGAAGUUCAAAGACUGCUACUCAGGCUUCGUAUCCACCACCAUGAGUCCCAAUGACUACAUGGUGUCCAACGCCCACUGUUGUCAGAGCGACGGCUGCAACCGCGGCUCGGUGCCCCCUCCCCAGAACAAUCGAACCGAGAACGGCCUGAUGUGCCCCUCCUGCAUUGCGCCCUUCCAAGAGACGUGUCCCGGAACCCAGGCAGCCCGUUGCGUGGGCCCGGAAACACACUGCAUCUAUUUUGCUGGCAAUGUGCAGGCUGGUAUUAUCAACACAAAAUUUGCCACGAGGGGCUGUGCUACCGAGAGCGCCUGCUAUACCAAGACUGGAGCAGAAGUGCCUUCGGCCUCCUACCUCUACUUCCUGCGCCGGGCCGACUGCCUUCCAGCCCCCUACCCCCCUGGGAGGGGUGAGUGAAGAAC